AUGAUAUCAAAAUAUUUUUAUUUUUCUUGUUGGUUAUUAUUUAUUUUUGAAGCUAACACAGUAUAUUCUAAAUUAUGGGGCUCGCGUUUUAAAAGAUUAACUAAAUUUACCAAUAAUUAUGGAUAUGGACCACUUGGUUGGGGACCACAAGGAGCUAAUGCUGGAAUUGAUUCUUUUGGUUUUAUUAGAGAUAAAUAUUAUAAUAGUGGUUUACCACCCAAAUAUACAUGGUCUAGUUUUUCAAAUUAUUAUUCAUCUUAUGGUUCAUAUCAUUCUGAUCAUGUAAAAUAUAAAACAUUCUUGGAAGAAUUUAUUGCCUAUAAGAAUCGUCAUGAACCCGCAACACCUCAUAAAUAUCCAUUUAUCAAAUUUUCUGCAGAAGGUCCAUAUUAUAAUGGUGUUUGGGGAUACAAUAAUCAUUCUCCAUAUUGGUUUGGAUAA